GGAGACGUACCGCUCGCCUUGUUACUGGCAAGCCGGUCCCGGAUCCAAGCACCUUUUAGGAGCGAAAUAAAAGAACAGGGGUAAGCAAAACCGAUUUGAGGAAAACAAGUCUUUUUGAACGGGUCCCUGGAUCUUCCUCGUUCGGAGAAGAACCACCACCUUGCUUUCCCUCCUCUACUUGGGGAGACGAUCCUUUACGCCCUCGCCCUCUACCGGCUCUACCGCGCGAUGAGGGUUUGCGAGCCCCUUCUUGAAGCCGUUUGAUUCAACUGAGGGCAGGAGGAAGGGAAAGAGGCAAACAAAGAAAAGAAAAUGUCUGCUCGGUCCCAGGUCACCAUUACUCUGGGCCGAAGCGGUCAGGUUGUCAAGAGAGAAAGGCCUACAUCUGAUGUUAGUCAUCCUGAUGACAUGCCAUCCUCAGGUGGUAAGCGGCCCAUACGGGAGAGGUUGGGAAGCAACAUGGACAAUUCAGAUUUGUAUGGCGGUCGGUACAAGAAUAAACGCCAACGAACAGAUAAUCAUAGUCUGAGCUUGGGUAAUGGUGAUCUGAAUGAUGGCAAGCAAAUUAGAUUCAAUCAUCGGGUUGGCCAAGAUGAUCUGCGAUUCAAACUUCUGAAUAAAAGUUUAUUGCACAGCAGAGAUGUUGACCUUCGUGAAAAGCUUUCACGGAACACCCAGAAUUCAUUGAGAUAUGAUGCAUAUCAACGUGUACCAGAUUCAAGGGCGUCUGACCCAGCAAGACGAAUUCCUCCUACAAGAAGUGCUGAUGAUUUGCUCCAUUUGGAUUCAGUGAGAAAUUCCUAUUCUUUGGAAGGGCUAAGACAUAGAUCUCCAGAUAGACUUAUAGGUGCUUCUAGGGGCAUGUCCACUCCCAGGAAUUAUGAUAAAUUACGUCCUGUUCCACCAGUAAGAUCUGUUGAUGCUUCAAGACCUUCAAGUUUCAUGACAAAAAAUGUAAUUGAUGCUCCAAGACCCAUGCCUUAUACGAGCAAAGCUACAGUUCCGGUAGAUGCUGCAAAACCUGUUGUUCGAGCUCCUCCACCAGGGGCCAUCGUACAGAGAAGCCCUUCUGUACCUGAAGAACCUCUUACUGUUUCAAGCUUGUUGCAUUCAUUGGGUCUGGAGAAAUAUGCUAUCCUCUUUCAGGUGGAGGAGGUGGACAUGACUGCACUGAGGCAGAUGGGAGAUAGUGACCUUAAAGAACUGGGAAUACCAAUGGGACCUAGGAAGAAGAUCCUCCUUGCUGUUUUAGCUCAUUCAAAACAACGGCAUCGAUAAAAGGGAUGGAUUUUGGAUUUUUACUUACUGCAAAAUUUUAAUGAUUUGUAAGCAUAUUAAACUGUGGGAUCUUGUAUAUCUUGAAAAACAAUGCUUAUUCUUAAGCUUACCCUUUUGAAUCCAAGGUUGACACUUAUUUAGUUUACAUUUUUGUUUCAAUGAAAUUAAGAGCCAUGUUACAGGAAACUCAUCACAUUCAUCCUUGUAGAACAAAUUAUGAAGGACUUCUGCAGUAGAGAAAGAAACUAGAAAAUUUGUCGACAGCCGUUGCUGGAUGGAGGAGGCCGGCUGCUACGUUUUCUGCCUCUGCAAUCUGGGAUUGUCCUUGUUGCUGGCAUCGCACAGCCUCCUGACGUCAUGCCACUCCAGUACGGCUUCAUCUCGUUGUCUGCCUCCUUCUCUACGGACAUGGAGCGAACUUGGCACACCACCACCGUUCUGCUGUUGUACUCCCCUUUUGGGUAGCUGUGUGCCUUGUAUGUUCGAUGUUCCAAGCAAAACACCUGUAGGGAAAAUAAAUAUAGAUCAAGAAAAACGACAUUGUUAAA